AUGCAAGCCACGGGCCAAUACAGAGAACAUGUACCGACGUCGGCAGCAUAUAUACCGUCUGGAAAUCUUCGCUACGAAGAACAAGAAGUGGACGACGAGGAAGAAGAAUCCGUGGAUCCUGAAGGGUACUACACCAAUCAAUCGUACUAUUCUUCAAGGCAGAUGGAAGAACCUGUGAGAUACACAUCUCAUCAGGAACAAAACCCUGUCCCUGCCACUUACACGAACCUUCCUUACCACAUCCGCAAUCAGUCUGCAGCUCCUGAUCAGUACGACGGUCCACCGAUACCACCACCCAGAACUUCUUCCCAGCAACAAAGCUCAGGAUCUCAGGCGGUUCCUGGGCGACAUGCAAGAAGCAACAACAAUCCAGACAUCUCCUCUAGUCGGGUUCAGAAUCGUGUCGGAGAUUACAAUGAGGAGCCUCGGGACAGACCACGGGAGGAUACAGCUACUGCGGCUGCGUCUGCUGCACGUAACCGACGAAAACAUCCUUCCAGUCCCGAGGGCCCGCAGCAAGCCUCGAGCACAAGAGAGAGAAGUCAUCACACCGCGCCUUCAUCCAGUCGUUCCGACGCCAUCAUGCAAUCCUCCAACCCACAAGCACCGUUGGUGCGCGAAUACAGUGAGAUUAUCCACAGAGUCGUCGUUUCCGACCCCCAAGAAGAUGAGGAAAGAGCCCAAGAGAGAGUUGCUGAAGCACAACCAGCCCCCAUCGGCGCCGACAGUGCGAACACAGCUGCGGAUGGUGAAGAUCUGCUACCCGCACCCGGCCCAGCUCGUCGACAAGACUACUCGAAGUCUCGGAGGAAAGAAAUCCAGUUUGGUGAUUACGUGCUUGGUCAGACACUCGGUGAAGGCGAGUUCGGCAAGGUCAAGUUGGGCUGGAAGAGAGACGGCAGCUCUCAGGUGGCCAUUAAACUCAUUCGAAGAGAAAGCGUCGCGAGCAACCCCAGUCGGCUACCGAAAAUCUACAGAGAGAUCACGAUUCUACGUGACCUCGCUCAUCCCAACAUCGUCAGACUCCACGAAAUGGUGGAGACCGAACGACAUAUCGGAAUCAUACUAGAGUACGCCUCGGGCGGAGAGUUAUUUGACUACAUUCUCAACCACCGAUAUCUCAAGGACCCUGCGGCUAGGAGACUGUUUGCCCAACUUGUUUCUGGCGUCGGCUAUCUCCACAAGAAAGGUAUCGUUCAUCGCGAUCUGAAACUCGAAAACCUGCUCCUCGACCAGAACCGAAAUAUCAUCAUCACCGACUUUGGCUUUGCCAACACCUUCGACCCUACAGACGAGUUGUCCGAUGAGAUAGUGUACAAUCUCAGCAACAAGGAUUUUGUGAGAAAGUUUAAGCUGGACCGCUUGGACCAGCGCGGAAUGCGACGAGGCGACUUGAUGCAGACCAGCUGUGGUAGCCCUUGCUACGCAGCACCUGAACUUGUGGUUAGCGACUCAUUGUAUACAGGCAAGAAGGUCGAUGUAUGGAGUUGUGGCGUCAUCCUGUACGCAAUGCUAGCAGGAUACCUUCCUUUCGACGACGAUCCUUCAAAUCCAGAGGGUGACAAUAUCAACCUCCUGUACAAGUACAUCACCACCACCCCAUUGACCUUCCCCGAAUAUGUUACACCCCAUGCGCGAGAUCUUCUGCGUCGGAUUUUGGUCCCCGAUCCACGAAAGCGUGCCGAUCUGUUUGAAGUGGCCCGUCACAGCUGGCUCAGUGAGUAUCAUCAUGUGGUCUCUCACAUCACUAGUAGUACCACCAACGUGGCAGACAUUGCCCAUACUACUGUGCCUUCUGAAGAGGAACCAUCGACGAUGCACCGGAGCGCUUCUGUCCGUGAAGGGCCCUCCAAACCUAGCGCCACCUCUCCAGGCGCCCUCGCUCGCACCCCUGAAGGGCUGUUGCCCGAAGUUGAGGAUGGCUCGACAGGGUCCCGACGUGACAGAUCGGCCCGUCACACAUUACAGCCCGAGUAUGUGCCGCCUCAGACACACACAGCGCGCCGUCAACCAUCGGAGUCUACUUCAGCCGCAGCUGGACGUGGAGGGGUGGACAAAUCUCAACAAACACCAAACGCGACUUUGUCACAGUCUUUGUCCAAACCUUUACCACAAGAACCUGCGAUGGACAUUGGGCAGAGAAAACCCCAAAGUGCCGAAAAGAUGCCUCCUCCGGUUAGGCCGGGUCGUGACAUUCCGAGAUCUGUAUCCGACUCUACCACGGCAUUCGGUCAGUCUGCCCCAACAAGUGGCCAUCAGUACGUGGCCCGACCAAGCACGCAAGGGUCGAUGACAUCUGCUGGGGUACCUAGAUCUGAUGUUCGCUUACCCUCUCGAGGGUCUUAUGGUCAACCUGUCGCGCCAACAGUUGCUGCGACCAAUGUCGAAGGUCGGGUCACUCAGCCAACGAAGCCUAGCCGAGGCUACAAUAUUUCAGGACCCAUCCCUCAGUCCACCACAUAUCCAUCGAUCGGUCAGCCCACAGCUACACCUAUGCCACCACAAGCGGUACAGCAGGUGCAGAAGACCCAUCACAGACGUUCAAGCACCUUGAGCGGGCUGGGAGAGCGACUCUUUGGCCGGUCAAACUCGGUCGUCAGGAAGGACGCUGAACGCCAAAAGAUCGCAAGAAAGUAUCCUCCAACAAGCAUGAGGGAGUACCCUGCCGAGCCGCAGCCACGCGCGUCCACGGACUCGAAGCGGUCAUUCUCUGCUUUUGGUCUGGGCAGGAAGCGAAGCACGGAUUUGGAAAAUCAGGGACAAACAGAAAAACCGGUACGGCGAUUUUCACUUCUUAGUACAAUUUCUUUCAAAGGUCUGAUGGGUGGCUCCAAGGAUGAGACCUCAUCGAAGCCCGGAACUCCUCCGGCGGAACGAUUCGCGCCAUCGACUUCGAGCCGACCACCGACAGGUCAGCAGUAUGCAAGCGGGGCUGUAAACCCAACGGACGGUCAGUAUGACAUGUCUCGAGGAGCUCAAUACAGCAACUAUUCCCGACUUCCUCAGCAACAACGGGGAGCAUCGACAGAUGUCUACGGCGGAACCGGCGUCUAUUCUCCGUAUGAGCAGGGACGAGUGGUCCAUCAACGCCAGCAAAGUGAGCCAAUGGCCCACAUGAUGUCACAACAGGCUGAACCUGCCGAAAGCCGACCCUCAAUGCAACAGGGACGACAGCGAAGCGUUCUCGUCAAGAACAACCGCAAGUUCACUGACGCAUACGCGCACGACCACGGACCAAACCAUCACGGAGGCCGUUCCGGUGCGGUCAAGAGAGUGCAAGACUUUUUCCGUCGUCGUCGGGGCACGGAGGAAUACCGAUGA